GAGGGGGGGCGCGAGGUUGUCUUCGCUGACACGCCGGCUGAACUGCUCCUACCGCUGCCGGCCAUCCUAGGGCCUGGCGGGUGAAUCUGCGCGGGCCCCACUGCCGACCUCCCGGCUGCAGGUGUACCUGGUCACCAUGAAGCUGCCGAGCCCAGCCCUCCCCAGCUGCUUCCUACUGACUCUGCUGAAUAUAUGGAGAGCUGCUCCCGAGGCCCACGCCUCCUCCAUGGACAUGCAGGCCGUCGGCGCCACCUCUUUCCUGGAGAACCUCAUGCAUCGCUACGGUGAGGGUGGCAGCCUCACCCUGCAGCAGCUGAAGAAGCUGCUCAUCCACCUGAAUGUGGGAGUAGACCGGAAUAACGCCACACAGCCUGGCCAGGGACACUGGAACCUCUCCACGUGCUUUAGUUCUGGAGACCUCUUUGCUGCUCACAAUUUCAGCGAGGCGUCUCGGAUCGGGAGGAGUGAGCUCCAGGAGUUCUGCCCCACCAUUCUCCAGCAGCUGGAUUCUGGGGCCUGUACCUCUGAGAACCAAGAGAAUGAAGAGAACGAGCAGACCGAGGAGGGGAAGCCGAGUGCCAUCGAAGUGUGGGGAUACGGUCUCCUCUGUGUCACCGUCAUCUCCCUCUGCUCCCUCAUGGGGGCCAGCGUGGUGCCCUUCAUGAAGAAGACUUUUUACAAGCGGCUGCUGCUCUACUUCAUAGCUCUGGCGAUUGGAACCCUCUACUCCAACGCCCUCUUCCAGCUCAUCCCUGAGGCUUUUGGCUUCAAUCCUCUGGAAGAUUAUUAUGUCCCCAAGUCUGCCAUGGUGUUUGGGGGCUUCUACCUUUUCUUUUUCACAGAGAAGAUCUUAAAGAUGCUUCUUAAGCAGAAAAAUGAGCAUCAUCACGGACAUAACCAUUUUGCCUCGGAGACACUUCCUUCCAAGAAAGACCAGGAGGAGGGUGUGACAGAGAAGCUGCAGAAUGGGGAUCUGGACCACAUGAUUCCUCAGCACUGCAACAGUGAGCCCGAUGGCAAGACCCCGGAUGUGGACGGGAAGGUCAUCGUGGGCUCGCUCUCCGUGCAGGACCUCCAGGCUUCCCAAAGUGCCUGUUACUGGCUGAAGGGUGUCCGCUACUCUGACAUCGGCACCCUGGCCUGGAUGAUCACCCUGAGUGACGGCCUCCACAACUUCAUYGACGGCCUGGCCAUAGGUGCCUCCUUCACUGUGUCUGCUUUCCAAGGCAUCAGCACGUCGGUGGCCAUCCUCUGUGAGGAGUUCCCACACGAGCUGGGAGACUUUGUCAUCCUGCUCAAUGCUGGGAUGAGUAUCCAGCAGGCUAUGUUCUUCAACUUCCUUUCUGCCUGCUGCUGCUACGUGGGUCUGGCCUUUGGCAUCCUGGCCGGCAGCCACUUCUCGGCCAACUGGAUUUUUGCCCUGGCUGGAGGAAUGUUCUUAUAUAUUGCUCUGGCUGACAUGUUUCCUGAGAUGAAUGAGGUCUCCCAGGAGGAUGAAAGGAAGGGCAGCUUCUUGAUCCCCUUUGCCAUUCAGAACCUGGGCCUCUUGACCGGCUUCACCAUCAUGCUGCUCCUCACCAUGUACUCAGGGCAGAUCCAGAUCGGAUAGGGCCCUGCCAAGAGCCAGUGGGACCGCAGGUCGGUUCUGGCCUCCACAAAGCUCCAUGGAGGAGGCGAUUGGAUUAGACUGAUAACAGCCCGUCUGCCUGCUCCAGAUAGCGACUGUAUUUAAAGUGCUCUGUCCUAGGAAGAAGCUGCCCUGGUGACGUUUUCCAGGUAGUGCCUCAACCCUCCCUGCCCCCYUCUUCACGGUGGCUCCGGAACCUGAAUGCCGUGUGCAAGACAAGACUCCCUUUCCUCUCCGCUCACUCUGGACUCUUUCUCUUGGAAGCAGCACUGAGAGACUUUCCGUCUUUUACCCUGCAAUGUCAAAACAGAGCUCGUGGUCAUGGCUUGGUUAGGAGUAUUAGGAGAUGAAGAAAAAAGGAGAAAGAAAGAAGCCUCAGGAGGUGGAUCUAUACUUUGGGGCCUGUGGCCUGUGAAGCGGGUUCUUCUUUUCUUACAGAGAAGGGACAGGAGACAAGGGACCCCCGCCCCCACCCCAGUCUGUGGAGUUGCCCAUUCUCUCAAAGAGAACUUAAGGUCAGCCGGUGAGUAGUGCAGGAGAGAGGCAAGGACCACCCUGAGUGGGAUAGGAAGCAGCCAGUGAUGGAUCUCCUCUCGUGAUCCCCGCUUGUUCUCCUGGGACGCCGGGGGUGGGUUUGUGCGGCUCCUGUGUCCUGGCUGCCCAAUUGAGCCCCYGUGAAGGUUCCGUUGCCUGGACCUUCUCUUGCGGCUUGAUGCUAACAGAAUGGAGGAGCAGAAGAUCUGCGAGAACMCAAAUUAUUUUUGCUGUGAUUUCCACCUCCCUUUCCCAGCUCCCUUCUAAGAGACUGUUCAGAUCCCUCCCUAGAAGCACAUGGUCAAGAUGUGGGGGUUGGAGGGGAGACUGCGCACUCACCUCCCCUGGUCACGACUGGCGCAGUGUGGCAAGGCGACCUGUAGAAUUAGAGUGCAGUAGUUUAUGCUUUACCACGACAAGGGUAGUCAGAAAUGGAAUGAGUGCAGGCGAAAUGUAUGACUUAGUAAUUGCAUAAAUAAAAGUUUGAGUACCGGGGAACACCGGACUGUAAGGUCAAAAACUUGGGGCAUGGCCGAAGGUAUUGCUGCGGGUGGAAUUUGAGUGGCACUGUCUUGGUUACUGCUUCCUCCCUGGCCCCAGACAUCAGAARUAGAAUCCUGUAUUGAACUCAGUAUAAAUUCCUCUAAUUCUCUCCAGAGCAUGGAUGGAUGAACUUGGCUUAACACUGUGGGCCAGCCUCAGGCACUGUGGAGCCCCCUCCUCAGAACUCUGGCUUCAAGGGGAGCUAAUCUCCAGGUUCACUAGGUGAAUUGAUUUAUUAUUAUCAUAUUGAUAAUGUGAGAUUCUUUAGCCACUUUGGGGAGCCARUCUCUCCAGAAGCCUUUCUUAGUGGUGCCACAGCUGCAGCCCAGAGGCUGUGUUCACAUGACGACAGGAGUGCUGGUUCAUUGCCAUCGCCUGAGUUUUUCUAUCCUUCCUUAGAAAAACUGUCCACUGUUGUUAAUUAAAAUCAACAUCUAUUUUGUUUUUGUUCUUAGGAAAUGUUUCUCAAAACCAAGAAUAUUCCUGAAAAGAGUAUGAAUGGGAAAAGUGCUGGGGGUUCUUGUUAAGUCUCACUCUCAACCCUGCCUGUUGACCCAGAUGGAUUUAGAAUAGGCUGAAGAAGGAGGAACCGUUAGCAAUCAAGAUUCUAGAUUGAAUGUCAGGACCGACUCCUGAUCGAGUUAGGGUCCAGUUUUACCAAAGAACCAAUUCCUUAAAUGUUAGAAUCUAACUUUUUAUAUUUAUCAUCAUCAUUGUUGUUGUUGUUUUAAAAUGAUUUCGUCCUUUCUGUUUUAUUUUUCUCAAACUGCUUUCAAGAGGGAGCAGAAAAUGAUACUCUGAGGCUGGGAGGGUAGCUCAGUGGUAGACAGAUGGAGCUCCUGCACAGCCUACGUGCGAGGCCUGGAUUCCAUCCCCAGCACACCACCCCCACCCCCACCACCCCCCAAAAAGACUGGAAGAUUUACUUUAUCUAACUCACGUUMAUCUAUUACAAUUUUAAUUUUAGCAUUCCCUGUAGUUCCUGUCAUUCCUUUAAAAUAUCCYUUGUCUUGGAGUAGAGUACUGACUUAGAGUUAGUGGGUUUCUAAGUUUAGGAGAGGAGAUUAAAAAAAAAUGUAAUCUUUAACAAAUUGAAAAAUAAAUAUGAACUAGUAGGGUGCUUGCCCUUUUCAUGCACACCUAUAUUAUUAACUCAAGAGCUUCACCUUCACAGACGACUGCCUCAG